UCCUGGAGCCCGUCCCCCACCUGGCCCCACCUGGGCGCUCUGGAGCCUUCUGGCGGGUGGACUAGCAGCGCCGGAGGUACUCCCACCGCCACCGCUUUUGGUCCUGUCUCAUCAGCAGUCGUCCCUGCAUGGAGUUUCCGUCCCUGCACGGAGCUAGCGCUCUAGCCCAGCAAGCAGAGCUCACUGGGAGGCGGUGAGAGCGCAUGGGAGCUGGUUCAGCUCCCGGUGCCCAGAGCCCCAGCUCAUGAAUGAGAAUCCACCCUGAGAGCCCCCUCCGGGGCCUGGGUCCCCAACGAAGGAAGCCCCGCUAGCCCAAGGCUCUGAGCGGCCACCCGCGCAAGUUGGGCGAGUUGGCAGCAGCCCUCACCUGCCUCCUGGCCGGUGGGGCCCCAGAGUCUGCAUCCGGCCUCAGGACCCUGUUGGACGCUCCGCCGCCUCCCGCAGUGGCCCCAGAUGGCCCAAGGGCCCCGCCUGCGCCCCUGGCGCUAGACCAUGGUGGGCAGCUCGGGGCCGGAGCCGCAGCCACCUAGAGCCCAGGUCGCCGGCAGCCAGCCCCCGCCCCACCGGAGCGGACACGCGGGUGAUCACAGCGCACCGGUUACUUCCGUCCUCAGCCGGGAUGGGCCCCGCUGACUGAGCGAUCAGCCUCCUGUCCGCCGGUAAUCCCCAUCGGAUCUGCUGCCUGGGAGCCAUCGACUGCCGGGGGUGCGAACCUGGGGCCGGCCUGGCGGAGAUGACCUGAUCCAGCUCGCCCGCUGGGGCACCUCCUCCUUCCUCUGCUCCCUCUGAGUCUGAGUCUGUGCCGAGACGGCUCUGCUGCCUGCGGGAGGACCAUGGCGGGGAGCUCCAGUUAAAGGCGUGUGGGCGCCCGCUGGAGAGGACACCUUCAGCAUCGCUGCCUUUUGAGGGGGCUUAUUCCAACGACUGAGUCAUUCCAGAUUUAGGAUUCCCUAAAUACUCACCGACUGUGCCCGUUUCCUGCCAGAAAGCCAGCGGAAAAGAAAGAGCACCCGCUCUCGGGACCCCGGUAUCCCCACUCCCGCGGGUUGCUCCCCGAGGAGUGCCUAGCCCUCGAGGAUCUCCCUCCCUCCCUGCCUCCCUCCCUUUCCCUCUCCUCCCUCCCUUUCCCUCGCCUUCCUCCCAGCCCCUCAUUCCCUCCCUCCGCCCCAGCCUCCUGCCCUCUUUGCAGCGCUGCUGGCUGGCGGGGAGUCCGCUCACCGCAGAGGUUCCUAGCGGCCCCCUCCCCGAGCCCCUGCCCUGCCUCCUGCUCCCCGCUCCCACUGCGCGCCUCUCCGAAUGUGAGAAAGGCGGCUGGAGCGAUGCAGUUCUCAGACCUCACCCCGCCGGGAAGGACCUCCUCAUCUCCAGAACUGCGGGCCGCAGGGAGUUAAAUUGCUGCCUUGCUCGCCUUCUCUCUUGCGGUUGGUGGCUUGUUCUCGAAAGGAACGUUUUAUUCACUUUUUAAGUAUUGUCCACGGGGGCAAGCCUCCGUGGCUGGGCCAGACCCUGCUUUCUAACCGGGUUUUGUCUGAUGUCUGUGUAGAUAAUACUUUGGACACCUUACAACGCUUGCGCCUCUGCAACAGGGGCACGGCUGGUUGUUUCGCACAUCUUUCUUCCCUUCCACUGGGUACUCUGAAGGCGGGGUGACCAAACUCCCCAGAGCCCCUUGGACGCUGAUCGCUCGGGGCGCACGAGUCUAGUUAGCAGGAAGGCCUGGGAGCGCCCCGCCCCCGCCCCCUCCGCCAGCUGUUGGGGGAAGUUUACAUCUGGAUUCUCACACGUUUUGGCGCUGCCGCCCAGACUCUGAUAAACCUUGUGGGCGCGGGUUUUCGGAUCGGCAGCCUUUUCAAACGUUAGCACUGCCUCCCGCGCCUCCAGGCCCCGAGGUCCUGCCCUAGCCCCCGCGGAGAGCAAUCCUGAGGGCGCAGUGGAGCCCAGGGCUGGUGUCCCUCACUGAGCCGCUAUGGCUGCGGCUAUAGCCAGCUCCCUGAUCCGGCAGAAGCGACAAGCCAGGGAGUCCAACAGCGACCGGGUGUCGGCCUCCAAGCGCCGCUCCAGCCCCAGCAAAGACGGGCGCUCCUUGUGCGAAAGGCACGUCCUCGGGGUAUUCAGCAAAGUGCGCUUCUGCAGCGGCCGCAAGAGGCCAGUGAGGCGGAGACCAGAACCCCAGCUAAAAGGAAUUGUGACAAGGUUAUUCAGCCAGCAGGGAUAUUUCCUGCAGAUGCACCCAGAUGGUACCAUUGACGGGACCAAGGACGAAAACAGCGACUACACUCUCUUCAAUCUAAUUCCCGUGGGCCUGCGUGUGGUGGCCAUCCAAGGGGUGAAGGCCAGCCUCUAUGUGGCCAUGAAUGGUGAAGGCUAUCUCUACAGCUCAGAUGUUUUCACUCCAGAAUGCAAAUUUAAGGAAUCUGUGUUUGAAAACUACUACGUGAUCUAUUCUUCCACACUGUACCGUCAGCAAGAAUCAGGCCGAGCAUGGUUUCUGGGACUCAAUAAAGAAGGUCAAAUUAUGAAGGGGAACAGAGUGAAGAAAACCAAGCCCUCGUCACAUUUUGUACCAAAACCUAUUGAAGUGUGUAUGUACAGAGAGCCAUCGCUACAUGAAAUUGGAGAAAAACAAGGGCGUUCGAGGAAAAGUUCUGGAACACCAACCAUGAAUGGAGGCAAAGUUGUGAAUCAAGAUUCAACAUAGCUGAGAACUCUUCCCUUUGUCCCUCUCUCAUCCCUUCCCUUUCCCCUUCUCCUUUACCCAUUUUCUUCCAAUAAAUCCACCCAAGGAGAGAAAAAUAAAAUGGCAACACAGGACCUAGUGGCUUCCAAAAUCUUCCUUUGUUUAGGACAGGAAAAUUGAACCCAAGCUUUCCUGUUGCAGCGUGGUAGAAAAUGCACAUGCACAAAGAUUAGCACACAUAUAAGCAAGGGGAAAAUAAAUAAAGACUCCACAAACAUUAAAGUAAAUUGUGCAUUUAUUACUAGAGGGCUAAUUGUAAUGAAGACAUAACUGUAAUAAAGAAGAAAUAAAGUUACUACCUUAAAGAAAAGGGCUUUGUAGAAUUGAACUUACAAAUUGAUGUAAUACCCUAAAUAGCUUAAGCUCUUGGUAAUGCUGUGAUGAGUGCUUUGUUUUGAUUUUGUAUUUUCUUUGGGUAUCUGAAAUUAACACAUUAUUACAUCCUGUUUUCAGGAUGUUUUUAAACCAUGAUAUUGAACAUUUACUUAUAGAUUUUUAAUGCCUCGAAGAUAUGUAAUAAGGAAUCACUUAACAUCAAGAAAAAUUUAAAAAUUUAUUUUUGAAGUUAUUAUUUAAAAUUGUUUUAGACAAAGGAUAGUCUUCUGUUGAAUCUAAUGGUAUUAACAAAUUUAAUUUCCUUCAUAAAAAGUUUCAGAUUCUCUUAAGAGAUUGUCAUAUUUUUAUCAAAGAUAUUAACCUAGGAUCUCAUUUUUUUUUUUUUAGUAAUUUAGAUAAUUUUUUUUCUAAGACUGAAGUAAAUUUUUGGAAUUAUUUGUUAUUACCAUGCCUGGGCAAUGAUGUACAAUUUACAUGCUCUUACUAUUUGGUCUGAUUUUUGACUUUGUGGACAACUUUGAGAGUAUAGGUGCAUGUCUAGUUGUCUUAGAGAGAAUUUUUAUCAUCUCUUGCAGCAGGAAAGAAGGAAGAGGAAUUUUACAUAAGAAAAUACACCCUAGAAAAUUGGUCAAACCAUAUUAUGUCUGCCUUUGUAACUUACCAGAGUUUUAUGUAUACAGCAUUUUCCAAGCUCUGCCAUGAUGUUGGGAGGCAUGGCUGUGAAAUUCCUAACUUACUAUUUUAUGAAGCAGAUGGAUACAUAUCCUUGUUUAUAAGUUGAGGUGACAAUAAGUGUGUUUCCUUGGGUAUUUGUAAUAGACUUAAUUUUUCAGGGGUUUAGAGGAACAAUAUGGAAUUGACAGCUAUGGUUUCAACAGACAGGGUUGUAUGGGCAGUUUAAAGUAGUAAAAAAAAAAAAAAAAAAACUCAGUGUAAGGCAAAUG